AGUCUUAAAACUCGUUUGGCGAUGCGCCUGGUGACGUCAGCGGAGGCUGUGUCGGUAUAUAGGAGAUGAGCCGGCGCACAUCAUACUAUUGUGACUACUGUGACAGUGCGUGACUAAACAAUUUUCUACUUGAAAUGCUGAAAUUCGGAACUAUUUUCGCGCUUGCCUUAGCUUAUGCUUCGGCGGUGCCCACCAACAUUCUGGAGCUGGACUUGACUCCGGAGCAAGCCCAGCAGUACCUCAACAGUCCUCCUUUCACGGAGCCCAAGCUUGCAGGAAGAACUGCAGUACUGCCCCUGGUGAGGUAUAACGAUCCACGGUUCCGUAGCGCUGAGGCUGGCCCCACCCUAGGGCAUUACUGGAAGAACGGCAGGGAGAUUGAGAAUACCGAGGAUUAUGUUGAAGAGGUGUACGACGCAUCCCAGUUCCACGGGCAGGACGGUCUUGGCGCAUAUGUGUACGGCUACCAGACCCCAGAGUCUUCUAAAUUGGAGAACAGAGUGAGAUCUGGAGACGUUACUGGCUCCUACACCUACAAGGCUGGUGGCAAUCCAAAUGAACUAAUUAAGGUUCGCUACUGGGCUGACAGCCAAGGUUUCCAUCAAGAAGACAACAUCCCUAAGGUGGAAUUGAAGCCCGUCGAGGAAGCUGAAGACGUGCGCCAAGCCAGGCUUGCUCACGAGAAGGCAUGGCAGGAGGCUGCUGCAGCCGCCAGGGUGCAACCAGACCCACAGUAUGUCCACAGACUUCUACGAGGAGAAUAUAACCAACAAUACGACUACCAACCUUCUGCAUCAGUACAACAAGGUUAUGCAGCUGGCCCCGGACUAGUCAGACAGGUCCGUCAAAGCAAGGCGUACUAUGGCGGUCAGGGAUCAAACCAACCCGGACAACAAUACCCUAAUUCUUACUCAACAACUGAAGAACCUGAACCAACUGGUCCCCCACGUGGUUUCUUCUACUCCUUCAACUACCCUACCUCCAUUCUGGUGGCUAAGAAGGACUUGCAGGGUGGCUCCUACAACCCCGAAUAUCCGGGAGACCAGGACUUCUAUGCUAAGUCUCAACGCGUAUAAAUUUUACCUUUAUUUGUGAUGCUUUGGAUGUAAAUUAACAUAAUAUCUUAUUAAAAUAACAGAUACAGUAAACUAACAGUUUAAAUAUCGUGACAUCAAGGCUCGUGUUUAGAAUUCACCCGAUAUUGAAGCCAAAAUACAUAAUGAAAAAAAAACAAUAUAAACUUACAUUCAUAAAUAAUGAGAAAUUGUGUGCUCGCAUAAAAUUAAAAGUAAAACUCUCUAUAAUAGUCAGAUUUGACUUUGAUUGCAAUAUCAAAGAUUAGUGAGCAUCUUGUGUAACAUUAAAAACAAUUGAAAUUAGGCCUAACGUACUUAAUAUAUAAGUUUCACAUAUUUUUCUUAUUCGUUGCCAUUUUAGAUGUAAGUGAGCCAUUUGCAGAAUAGAAAGUCAUCCUGCAUAUGGCUAACGAUUUAGUUCGAUAGCACAACGUGUCUCGCCAUAUUUGUUGAAAUAAUUAAGAAUGUAAUGCCACCUACAUUAACAUCGAAUUUCGAACAUCAUAUAUUUGUUGGACUCUUGAACCCAGUCUUGUAGUUAAGUUACCAUAAUUAUAAUGAACAUGUGUAUCUUAGGAAUAAUGAAUAAAGUAAUUAAUGCUA